UAUAAAACCCAAGGUUUUGCUUCUGUUGCAUUGAAAAAACAAACCAAAACCAAAGGAGCUGAAUUUUCCUAAGCAAUGGGGCUACCAACUCAUACCCUUCAUUUUCUCCUCAUAAUUCUUCUUGUCUCUCUACUUCACAAACCUACUUUUGCAGUGAAAAAGUCAUAUGUGGUGUACUUAGGAGGCCAUUCACAUGAUUCAGAAUUGUCUUCAACAGUUGACUUCAAUCGUGUAACAGAUUCUCACUAUGAGUUUCUGGGAUCUUUCUUGGGAAGCUCUAAUAUAGCAAAAGAGUCAAUAUUUUAUUCCUACACAAGACAUAUAAAUGGUUUUGCUGCAAAUUUGGAAGAAGAAGUAGCAGCUGAGAUAACAAAGCAUCCGAAAGUGUUGUCGGUGUUUGAGAAUAGAGGAAGGAAACUACACACAACUCAUUCAUGGGAGUUUAUGGGGUUAGAAGAAAAUGGAGUGAUACCAUCCACUUCAGUUUGGAACAAAGCAAGAUUUGGUGAAGGUGUCAUUAUAGCUAACCUCGAUACAGGUGUUUGGCCUGAAUCCAAGAGCUUUAGUGAUGAAGGGUUUGGACCAAUUCCAUCAAAGUGGAGAGGAAUAUGUGACAAGGGCUAUCAUCAUCAUCAUGCUUUUCACUGCAACAGGAAACUGAUUGGAGCAAGGUAUUUCAACAAAGGCUAUGCAUCUGCAGCUGGUCCACUCAACUCAACCUUUGAGUCACCACGUGACAAUGAAGGCCAUGGAUCCCAUACUCUAUCAACAGCUGGUGGCAACAUGGUAUCUGGUAUCAGUGUCUUUGGUCAAGGCUAUGGAACAGCAAAGGGUGGUUCACCAAAAGCCAGAGUUGCAUCAUACAAGGUUUGUUGGCCUCCAAUUGAUGGUAAUGAGUGCUUUGAAGCAGAUAUACUUGCAGGCUUUGAUAUGGCAAUCCAUGAUGGUGUUGAUGUCUUGUCUGUGUCACUUGGUGGUUCUUCUUCUUCCCUUUUCAAUGACAGUGUUGCCAUUGGAUCUUUUCAUGCUGCUAAGAAAGGUAUUGUUGUGGUUUGUUCUGCUGGUAAUAGUGGGCCUAGUGAUGCUACUGCAGAAAACCUUGCUCCUUGGUAUAUCACAGUUGGUGCUAGCACUAUGGAUAGAGAGUUCCCUAGUUAUGUUGUCCUUGGUAACAACAUAAGCCUCAAGGGAGAAAGCUUAUCAGCUACAAGAUUAGCAGACAAAUUCUACCCUAGUAUUUUAGCAACAGAUGCUAAAUUGGGGAGUGCAACAGCUGAAGAUGCCAAGCUUUGCAUGAAUCGAACUCUUGAUCCCAGCAAGGUGAAGGGUAAGAUAGUAAUAUGCCUGAGAGGAAUAAAUGCAAGAGUGGACAAGGGAGAGCAAGCACUUCUAGCUGGUGCUGUUGGGAUGGUCCUUGUCAAUGAUAAGAUCAAUGGGAAUGAAGUUAUAGCUGAUCCUCACGUUCUUCCUGCUACUCACAUCACUUUCUCUGAUGGUUUAGCUCUCUUUAAUUACAUCAACUCAUCCAAGUCUCCAGUGGUUUAUAUUACACAUCCAACAACACGAUUGCAUACUAAGCCAGCCCCUUUCAUGGCAGCAUUUUCAUCCAAAGGGCCAAAUACUAUUGUACCUGAGAUUCUAAAGCCUGAUAUCACUGCACCAGGAGUGUCAGUUAUAGCAGCCUACACUGAAGCUGAAGGGCCAACAAACCAAGAGUUCGACUAUCGCCGGAUUCCAUAUAACUCAGUCUCAGGCACAUCUAUGUCAUGCCCUCACAUUUCAGGAAUUGCAGGCUUGUUGAAAACCUUGCAUCCUUCUUGGAGUCCUGCUGCUAUUAAAUCAGCUAUCAUGACUACAGCAACUACAUUAGACAAUGAGGCAGAGCCAAUACUGAAUGCUACUGAAAGCCAAGCUACACCAUUUAGCUAUGGAGCAGGACAUGUUCAACCAAACAAAGCAAUGGAUCCUGGCCUUGUUUAUGACACAACAGUGAAUGAUUACCUCAACUUCUUAUGUGCUCUAGGAUAUGAUGAAACACAAAUCUCAGUGUUUUCGAAAGCUCCUCACCCAUGCCAUAAGAACUUUAGUCUAAUCAACCUAAACUAUCCUUCAAUCACAGUCCCAAAUCUCUCUGGGUCAGUGACAGUUACAAGGACAUUAAAAAAUGUUGGUUCUCCAGCAACAUACAUUGCUCGUGUUCAGAACCCAAAUGGGAUCACUGUUUCUGUGAAGCCAAAUAUCUUGGAGUUCAAAAAUGUUGGUGAAGAAAAGAGGUUUGAAAUAAGAUUGAAGGUGAGGAAAGGAAAAGGAAAAGAGAAGUAUGUAUUUGGAAAGCUGAUUUGGUCAGAUGGAAAGCAUUAUGUUAAGAGUCCAAUAGUUGUGAAGGCUCACUAGGUAGAAAUUUAGCUAAUUUGCAUUUCUAAUUGAUUGGUGGCUUUAUUCCAAAUUGUACAAUAUAGCCAAUAAUUAAAUUUUCUCUUACAAUGAUUGAUUAUAAUGAUCGUGUAAAAGAGAAAAUAGAAUAACAAAAUGAUAUAUAAUAUUAUUGUA